ACAAGAGAACUGCUUUGGUCCUGGGCACAGAAAAACAAGACCAUCGGUGACCUGUUACAGAUCCUCCAGGAAAUGGGGCACCAUCGAGCCAUCCAUUUAAUUAUGAACCAUGGAGCAGUCUUGAAUCCUUCAGAGCAGAGUCAUCAAAGAGAUAGAUUUCCAAACCUGUUACCCAAGGAAAUAGCCAAUGUCACAGUGGAUAAUGUUCUUACUCCUGAACAUAAUGAGAAAGGAAUAUUGUUUAAAUCCUCCAUCAGCUUUCAAGGCAUCAGAGAUGGAACCAAAAAUUUCCACAAAGACUUCCUAAUUGGAGAAGGGGAAAUUUUUGAGGUAUACAGAGUGGAGAUCCAAAACCGAACCUAUGCCAUUAAAUUAUUUAAACAGGAGAAAAAAAUGCAAUGUAAGAAACAAUGGAAGCAGUUUUUAUCUGAGCUUGAAGUUUUACUACUGUUCCAUCAUCCAAACAUACUGGAGUUGACUGCAUAUUUUACAGAGAGUGAGAAGUUCUGCCUCGUUUAUCCAUAUAUGAGAAAUGGAUCACUUUUUGACAGAUUGCAGUGUGUGGGUAACACGGCCCCACUGUCUUGGCACAUUCGGAUCAAUGCGUUAAUAGGAACGUCCAGAGCCAUUCAGUAUUUGCACAACACGGAGCCGUGCUCGGUCAUCUGUGGCAGUGUAUCAAGUGCAAACAUACUUUUGGAUGAUCAGUUUGAAGCCAAACUGACUGAUUUUGGCAUGGCACACUUCCGACCCCACCUGGAACAUCAGAGCUCUACCAUAAGCAUGACCAGCAGCAGCACUAAACAUCGGUGGUAUAUGCCUGAAGAGUAUAUCAGACAGGGCAAGCUUUCCAUAAAAACGGAUGUCUAUAGCUUUGGAAUUGUAAUAAUGGAAGUUCUGACAGGUUGUAAAGUGGUGUUAGAUGAUCCAAAGCAUAUCCAGCUGAGGGAUCUCCUUAUGGAAUUGAUGGAGAAGAGAGGACUCGAUUCAUGUCUUUCAUUUCUAGAUAAGAAAGUGCAUCCCUGUCCUCGGAAUUUUUCUGCCAAGCUAUUCUCUUUGGCGGGCCAGUGUGCUACCACGCGGGCAAAGUUAAGACCAGCAAUGGAUGAAGUCCGAACUACUCUUGAAAGUACUCAAGCCUGCUUGUAUUUUGCUGAGGAUCCUCCCACCUCACUAAAGUCGUUCAGGUGUCCUUCCCCUCUAUUCUUGGAUAACGUACCAAGUAUUCCAGUGGAAGAUGAUGAAAGCCAGAAUAAUGAUUCACACCCUCAUGAUAAAGGUUUGAGAAAAGAUGGAAUGACUCCGCAAGUUCCAUUUGAAUGCAGCCAGUCUGAGGUUACAUUUCUGGGCUUUGACAGAAAGACAGCGGGUGAGAGAAAUAAGGAUGCCUGCAACAUGCCCAGUUCUUCUUGUAAAGAAAGUUGGUCUGCAAAGCAUGCAGCUCUCUCUCAGGACCCAAGGGCUUCUGGUACAGAUCUGGACCCUUCUGCGGAAGCUCCAGGCCAUUCUUACAGGAGCAGGCCCGUGGAGACCAGCUGUUCCUCUGAAUCUUCCUGGAAUGAAUAUGAACAGUACCAAAAGGAAUCGAUUUCACCAGAAGAUAAAGAAGAAAGCAAGCAUUGCUAAGGCACUGAGUACAGGCUUGCAUCAUUGGCCAGUUUGAUGAAGUUACUUUCUCUAUCCACAAAAUUGUUGACAAAACGUGAUCUACAGGAUAAAGUCAACUUCAGAGCCAUGUGGCGCUUCACCAAGUCUCCUCUUUCAGGUUAAUGUCUUUCCAGUAAUUAAAAAAAUCUUUAGGAGGGGCGCCUG